AUGUCAAAUGGCCCCUAUCCUCUGCCGGAUCUACAUUCUGGUACCCGAAGCUUCAUUACUACCGAUCAGGAUCAUGGCGGGAUCGCAUUGGUGAUAUGCACAUUGAUGGCGACGUGGGUCGUCUUGUGCUUCUUCGUGCGAGUCUACAUGCGCGCGACCGUGAGUGGGCCGUUUGGAGCAGACGACAUCCUCUGCAGCGUCAGCACGGUAUCGUCCCAGAAUUCCUUUGUGAUGCUUGAGGAAUACUCUAAUUGUUGGACUUGGCAGGUAUUCGGCGUCGUUCAGGCGAUCGUGUCUGCAGCAGCUGUAUCGUUUGGCUUUGGCAAGUAUUUGGAGCUGCUGACACCCUCCCAAAUCGACAGAGCCUCCAAGGUAAGAUCAAUCAGGUGCUCCGCAUCACAACUGUACUGACAAACUUUCUAGGCCAUUUAUGUCACGCAGUUGCUUUAUAUCGUGACAGUUGCCCUGUCCAAAUGUACUGUGGCGCUCUUGCUAGCACGUCUGGUCUUCAUCAAGAGUAGGGUUCAUGCUUGCUACGGCAUCCUCGCAGCAUCGGUUCUGUGGGGCGUCAGUGCCUUCCUAGCAGAAGCAAUUCGUUGCACAGAGACUGCUCCCUGGAGGCUCGCCGGAAGCCAAUGUACCAAUCAGGUAUGCUGGAUCUCGCAGAAUGCAUGAUGAUAUUCAAUAGACGAUGGAUUUGCUAACCAGUUGCAAGCUCACGGCAUGGCGGGCAAUAACCGCUUUCAACGUCCUCAUUGAAGUGGCACUCCUGGCAAUUCCGAUCUGGCUGGUCUGGCCUCUACAAACGACGUUCAUGCGCAAGUUCACCGUGGUGGCAGUCUUCUGGCUCCGAAGUCCCGUCAUCGCAUGCGCGCUCCUUCGAAUCCACUUCCUCGCAGACACCAUCGACUCGCCUCAGCCUCUCUACCGCGGGGUCGUCCCAUUCAUACUCUUGAACUUGGAAAUGCACUAUGGCCUCAUGGCCUCCACAUGGCCCACCCUCAAACCUUUCGUCUCUGCUUUCAACACGGGCUUUGGGACCUACGAUACCCAGGGAAUCAGCGGCUACGGUGGCAGCAGCGGCUCCUAUGCCAUGGCAUCUCUAGAGAGAAAGAGCAAUCGCAAAAGUUCCGCCCCGAACAUCAUGUCCCCGCGGAGCGAUGGCGAGGCCGAACACGGCGGAAUCCGAUCCUAUGGAAAGAACGUCACCCAGGUGCAGUCUGCGAGUGGCGCGGGUGGUCCGACGGGCAGACAUUCCGCUGCAAGCGAUAAUUCUACCCGGGGCAUCAUCCAGACGUUGACUUGCGAGGUGCACUAUGAGGACGAAGAAGCGAGGCGAAAGGAUCCCGCGAGUCGUGGGGAGAAUUCCAUCGAUCGGUAUCCGCCCAGUGUUCAUACGAAAGUACAAUGA